GCCGCGUCCACCAGUACCGGGAUGCAGAGGAGGGGAGGUGGGGUAAGAGGCGACCGACUGGAAGGUGUAGACAUGCAGGAAGGAUUCAGGUUUGCUUCAGCAGGAGACGAUGUUAAAAUAUGGGAUUCCUCGUCCAUGACUGUUGUGGAGCAGUUCAACCCACAUAGUACAUCACAUUCUGUAUCAUCCUUGUGCUGGAGUAGUAACAAUCAUUUUCUGGUCACUGCUUCUGGUAGUGGUGAUAAAAUAGUGGUUUCAAGCUACAAAUCAAAGCCUGUUCCUCUUUUGGAGCUUGCAGAAGGAAGAAAACAGACCUGUGUAAAUCUGAAUUCCAGCUCUCAAUAUGUAGUCAGUGGAGGUCUUGAUAAUACUGUAAAUAUCUGGGAUUUGAAAGCUAAAAGACUUCAUCGAUCUCUAAAGGAUCACAAGGAUGAAGUAACUUGUGUUACAUUUAAUGGGAAUGACUCCUAUGUUGCCUCAGGCUCUAUGAGUGGAGAAAUCAUAUUGCAUAAUGUAACUACCAAUUUAUCCAGUACUCCUUUUGGUCAUGGAAGCAGCCAGGGAGCAUUUAUGGGAGACAAAUGGGUAGAGGGGCCCUGCAAAGAGCUGCACUUUUGUAAAUCCGCUCUCAUGAAGGUGAUCUACAAGUAUUACACGACAUUUGUGUUCUUAUUUAUACAUAAAUCAUUAAUGAGACGUCUUUUGCAAUCCGCAGUAGCAGAAUCUCCUCUGACUGCAGUAGACUUCAUGCCGGAUGGAGCAACUUUAGCUGUGGGAUCUUCUCGUGGAAAAAUCUAUCUUUAUGAUUUGAGGAUGUUAACUUCUCCAAUGAAAACCGUCAGUGCUCAUAAAACCUCAGUACAAUGCAUUCAGUUUCAGCAUAGCAAUGUUUACAAGUCCAGCAAAAGCUCAUCUGGAAAAUCUGUAUCUACUGGUGUCAAUAGGAAGUCCACAGUUAAGGCGGUUGGUGUUUCUGGAGGAAUACAUAGUGCAAACCUGCACAAGGAUUUACCAGCUUCUGUCACUGCGCAACCAUUACAUCAUACCACCGUUAAUAUGGAUAGCAAAGGGAUUGAACUUAAUGAGGACAAAUCAGGUUUGCCUCGCAGUACCAGUCUUGAUGUAAUUCCAUCAAAAGAAACAGAUUUUGGCAAAGCAUCUGAAAUAAAAUCUUUAGAAUCCUUUGGGAGAGGCAGUUUAGGUGAUAUAUUCUCUCCUGUACGAGAUGAUGCUCAUUUUAAAGGAACCGAUGAAUUAGUCUUGAAAGGAAAUGAUCUGGACUAUCUUUCUCAGUUCAGUGCAAUUCCUUCGACAAGGCGAAAUCCUGUGGGAACUAAUGCACAAGGAAUAAAUUCUUCUCCUUUACAUUUUCUUAUUGGAAGCCCAAUAAAGGAAGAAGAUGAAAGUCAAGACUCAGAGUUGAAUGGAAGUAAAAAGAACGUUCCACAACAAGAUUUAAAAGAAAAUACAAGACAGCCUACAAAACCAUCAAACCACGAACUAAUAAAUCCUAAUACAUCACCGGUACUUUCUAUAAAUCGUACUCAAGAAGCAAUUGAAAGGACAGGAAAGCAGAAUCUCAGUCAAUUGAAACUUGAUUUUCCUGCAAAUGGUUCCAGAGUAACAAGCCCGAAAAUAUCGACAUCAAUAAGCACAGAAGUUGCAUGUUCAUUGUCUGAAAAAAUAGCAGAUACCAUUUCAAGUGACAGGGCGGGAGCACCACUCACAUCUGUACAGAUUAAUUUCAUUAGAAACAUGAUCGAGGAGACACUUGAUGAUUUCAGGGAAGCUUGUCACCGGGACAUAGUGAAUUUGCAAGUUGAAAUGAUAAAACAGUUUCAUAUACAGUCGAUUGAAAUACAGAUGCUACUUGAACGAUAUUCUGUAAAUGAAGGGUUGGUCACAGAAAUCGAAAAGCUGCGGGAAGAAAACAAGAGACUACGUACUCACUUUUAAAAAAGAUUAUCUUGUAGCUGUCUACCUGGCACUUGCAGUUUGCUAAAAAAUGUAAAAACAAACCAAUAAUUUCUGUUAUCAGGACAUGUAUAUAAAAACCCCCAGCAAUAACAUAUUUUAAAAUAUGCGUGGGAGAAAAAUAAAUUUACAAUUGAAACUAGCAGCAGUUGUUUGCUAUGCACUGGGAGACAGACAUAUCUACAGCACUGUCGGUGAACAGGGAGAAAUCGCAUUAUUCCUGGGCAUUUAUUUAAGAUUAAAAAUAAAUAAAUCUUUUGUAUCUAUCUCUGGAAAUGCAACUUUGUAAAUUGUUUCUGCUAAUGUGUGUCUUAUAAAGAACUUUUCUAGAAGUUUAAGUAAUGAAAUAAUUUUGUCUGCAGCUUUCUAAUGAAAUCAAAAUCCUAAAAAAAAUGGGCUGAAAGAUAAAAAAAAAUAUUCAGCUAAUUGCAAAGGUUAAUAUAUUAUUUGAGAAUACCAAUGCUCUGUUUCCUUAUCUUUGCAUGCAAUAUUAAAUAUUUCUAAAUUAUUAUAAUCUUAUCUCCAUUUUAAGAAAAUAACUGUUUUGUGAGUCAGUGCUGAUAUGGUCACUUCAAUCAUUUAUAAUUCAUCAGACAAAUAUUUGGGGAUUUUUGUAAAUAAUUGUUUUCAUCAUCCUUUAUGGCUAGUUUUAAAAAUGAAAAUAAUUUGAAUACUCUGGUAAAGCACAUUUAUGUAGGAAAAAUACACUGAUAAUGAGUUCAGUGUUUCCAGUAAUUUAUCCAUGUUAAAAAUAAUAUAGGCUUAAUAGGAUUUUGUAUUUAUUUGAUAAAAUAUUAGGGUUAUUAUUGGUAUUUUCUACAUUUUGUAUACACUAUUUUUCUACAAUGUACACAUUUUAUCUAACCGAACUGACAAAAUAACAUUUCUAUUUUAAAAUGACUUGUAUAUAAAAUGCACUCUGUCUUCUCACAAUGUGUGCUUGAUUUAUUCUGUUCUUAAAACUCUGCAAAGUAAAUUUUAAUGGGUCGCUAAGUUAAUUCUUUCUAUUUUACCCAACUUUGAACCCUUUUCCCCUAAAUCUUAUAUAAAAAAAGUAAUUUUAUUUAAAUAGUAAAUAUAAAUUCUGUUUUAAUCAUCUUCAGCACUGCAUCAAUAUUAUGUAAUGAGUUGAAAUGGUAUUGUGACAAAGUCUGAUUGAUGUCUAGUGAUGCAUGAUAACAAAAUUAAAAAGGUGUACCAGGAGAUUCACAGUGCCUUUUUACUGAUGAUAUUAAAUCAUUGAAUGAUUUAAUGACCUUGAAUUUUAAUAAAAUGCUGUUAUAUUCA